GAUCCCUUCUAGCUUGUUGCCAUGGUAACUCCGUCUCCUGCUGCCGGCUGCGCGCUGCAGUGAGUCAGUGAGCAGCAGAGACACAGAGGACAGACGGGGAGUCACCGACAGACACCGACGGACCGGAGACACUACGGUAACCGUUAGUCUGUUAGCCUGUUAGCUCUCCCGCUGCUGCUGAGGGAGGACCAUAGACCGUAUAUCAGAAGGGAGGACGAGGACGAGGACUCCCUCACCGUUACUGAGACUGAUGACGACCAACGGCCGCAGUGUUGCUUCAGCCUGACACACUCCAACUUAUACAGAUGGGCGUCCUCUCCGACUGUCAGACUGCUCAGCUGAUCUGGAGUCAGUCAGCUGACGGUUGAACUCACCUUCCUGGUUCAGGUGUAGACGGCAGCCAAUAGGAUGAGUCUGCUGAAGGGGGCGGAGCCUGGACCAGAGAUGGAUGCCAAGGUGCAGACCUGGGCUCCGUCUCUGGAGGAACUGGAGUGUAAGAUCUGCUUCAGCCGCUACGACGCUCGCAGCCGUAAACCCAAACUGCUGCGCUGCCGACACCUCGUCUGCGCCCGCUGCCUGAAGAAGAUGGUCAACAUGGGAGAGUCCUCGCCAUGCAUCAUCAGCUGUCCAUUCUGUCGCCAUGAGACCCGCGUCCCAGACGACGAGGUGUGGUUGAUGGAGGACGACCGCUACAUGCUGGCUGUCCUGUCCCAUCAGGAUCAAUUCAAGAGAGGAGAAGAGAUGCUGCUGAGUCCCCCCAGUCUCCCUGGCGGCAGCGUGGAUUCAGACUUUAUGCUGAUCUCCGUCAUGGCGCUCACCGAGGACUCUCCGAGCAUGCUCAGUCUGUUUCGGCCGACCGGCCGCGACUUGCUGCCCGCCAACCUGCCGGUGAACAAGUUUGGCGCCUGGAAGUCCUGCAGCGUCCCCCGCUGCCUGCUGGGGGCGCUCUGCCUGGUGUACUUUAGUUCUCUUCCUCUGGGGAUCUACCUGCUGAUGAUUGGUCGGUUGUGUCUCGGCAUUGCCAUGGUGAGCCUGGUUCCCUCCACGCUGCUUCUGCUCGUCCUCUACGGCUUCUGUCAGUGCGUGUGCACGGAGCUGUGCACGGCGCUGAGGGAAAAACUUGCCUCGUGCACGCACUUGCUGCCAUGACGAUGACAACAACAACACAAACACAAUCAGUUUUCAGGAUGAAACGCUGCAGAGUUUAGCGGACUGAUAUUAUGAAGAUAUUUAACUUUUAUUCUCAAAAUAUUCCGAUUUUUUUUAAAUGUUGAUGUUAAUGGUUGUCUUGUGUUUUGGGGAGGAGAUGUGUUAACAUUCUGAGUUUUUCUUUUUAAGAGUUUUUUUUGGGCAUUUCCACAUUUAAUGGACAGGAGAGCUAGGUGAGAGGGGGGAGGGGGGGAGACAUGCAGGAAUUCUCAUAGGUCAGAUUCUAACCCUGGACCUCUGUGUCGAGGCAUAACCCUCUAUGUAAAUGUGCGCCUGCUCUACCCACUGAACCAUUCUGAGAUUUACUUAAAUUAGUUUAAAGUCUGCAGGAAAUUCUGCUUCUGCAGACUGCGUGUGGCGCUGAUGCUAACCAAUUAGAUCAUCAUCAAGACUUCUGGAUGUUCAUGAGAAGGAAAGCCAAGCUAAGAGACAUGGAAUAACAUUUCACAGAUGAUAAAUGUCUUUUACAAUAUUUGACUGUUACCAACGUGUUGAAGAGGAAACGUUAACCCUUCAUGUUCCUGUCCUGAUGCUAAGCUAACGCUAUCCUGUGUCAGCUGAACUAUAUGUUGUUUCAGUAGUUAGUAAUAUCUCAGUAAAAUGCUGUUAUAUGUCUGUUAUUAAACUGUUCCUCAAGUUACCC